AUGGCCCGUCCAACGAGGCGACCCGGCGAGUCUUCGCCGCAAGGGCUUUAUCAGCUUGGUGUACAAGGACGAAAGACGGGUGCGAAGUUGAAGGAUGAUGGCAAACGCGAUUCACAAGGCAUGAUGCCUACAGAGGGUCUUUUCUCUUCUCCCGGAGGCAAUGCCACGCAAAAACUAGCGGUGCCGACAGAAAACCCAAUUCCAGAGGCAACGCCGCCACCAGAUGGAAAUGACGACGCCAGCGUUCCCAUGGACAUUGCUUCCAGUGGUGGUCCUGAGUCGAUCUCCAGGCAAAACAACUGCAAAGUCGCUCCGCUCGCCGGCGAAGCGACACCCGAAUAUAUCACCCUUGCGCCCGUCGCCUGA